UCCGGGUCCUGCACGGUGUGGAAUCCUGUGCUGCAGAUCUGGGUGCGGAGGACACGGCGGGUGCCGCGGGGACCUGAAAACUCCGGAGCCACAGUCUCCACGCUUGCGGCCUGGAAAAGUCACAGUCAGCAGCGCAGUGGCGGGAACCGCAGCCCGGCGGCCCUGGAACCUCCCAGGGCUCACUAAUCACCCAGACUUGCUCACCUGUGCAGCAGAACAAGGGGGCCUGGAAGAUGGAGAAGGAGACAGAAGCUAAGGAUGCAGAGAAGCAAGCCAUCUAUUCCUUGUUCCUGAAAGAGAAACUCAAAGAAGAGAAACAGAAAGAAAUGGCUGAUUUUCCAAUUCAUCUCUCACAGGGUCUGUUGACACUCUGGGAUGUAGCAGUGGACUUCUCCCGGGAGGAGUGGGAAAGCCUGAACUCUGCUCAGAGGGCUUUGUACAUUGAUGUGAUGUUGGAGAAUUACAAGAACCUGAUCUAUGUAGAGAACUAUUGCAAAUAUGAUCCUGUCCAUCACCAUGUGAAGGCCGAAAGGGAGUGUUGUCAAUGUAAUGAGCUUGGCAAAGUGCUUCAUGACCCCUCCACGUGUGUACUUUAUAGAACAAUUGAAACUACAGAAAACUCUAAUAACUACAGAUGCAGUAAUCACAGGGAUGCAUCUGUUGACUCAUCAAACCCAGAUAGACAUGAAAGCAUGCACACUGGUGAAGAACCUUGCAGAUCUAAAGACGAUGAGAAAAUUUCAAAUUUGUGCUCCAGCAUUACUCAAGAUCAGAGACUCUACACUGCAAAGAAAGAUCACAGGCAGGGAGAAUAUGAUGACUAUUCUGUGUCUUCAUACAGUCUUGUGCAGCAACCAGUCCACAUUGGAGAGAAAGCACACCAGUGUGAAAAAUGUGGGAAAUACUUCAGUACUGCCUCAAGUCUCACUGAACAUCAGAGAAUUCAUACUGGAGAGAAGCCUUACAAAUGUAAGGACUGUGACAAAUGCUUUACUGUGAAGUCAACUCUUACAAAGCAUCAAAGAAUUCAUACUGGAGAGAAACCCUACAAGUGCAAUGUUUGUGACAAAUCCUUUACUCAGUAUUCAAGUCUUAAAACACAUCAAAGACUCCAUACUGGAGAGAAGCCAUACAAAUGCAAGGACUGUGACAGAUCCUUUACCCACUAUUCAUCAUUUAGAAGACACCAGAAAACUCAUUCUCUAGAGGAAUUGUACAAAUGCAAAGACUGUGAUAAGUCCUUUCUUGAAGUAUCACAUCUCAAAAGACAUUACAGAAUCCAUACUGGAGAGAAGCCUUACAAAUGUGAGGUAUGUGACAAAUCCUUUAAUAUGUCCUCAAAUCUUAGAAAUCAUCAGAAAAUUCAUACUGGAGAGAAACUUUACAAAUGUGGAGAAUGUGACAAAUCCUUUAGCCUUGACUCGUAUCUUAGAAUACAUCAGAGAAUUCAUACUGGAGAGAGACCUUACAGAUGCAGAGAAUGUGGAAAAUCAUUUCAUCAGUUGUCAGCACUUAAACGCCAUCAGAAAAUUCAUACUAGAGAGAAACUUUACAAAGGUAGGGAAUGUGACAAAUCUUUCACUCAGGAAACACAUCUUAGAACACAUCAAAGAGUUCAUACUGGAGAGAAAAUUUACAGAUGUAAAGAAUGUGACAAAUCUUUUCCUGAGUGCUCAACUCUUAGACAACAUCAGAAAAUUCAUACUGGAGAGAAACCUUACAAAUGUAUGGAAUGUGACAAAUCCUUUAUCCUUAAUUCAUAUCUUAGGACACAUCAGAAAGUUCAUACUGGAGAAAGACCAUACAAAUGCAAAGAAUGUGACAUGUCCUUUAUCCGGAUAUUUAAUCUUAGAAGACAUCAGAAAAUUCACAGUGGUGUGAAAAAUACCAUUGCAAAUAAUACAAUAUAGCUUUAUCUACAGUUUUCUGCUUAGAAAUCAUAGAAACAAAGAUAAGAAAUUUAUGAAUGCCUUAAAUCUUAAAUUUCACAGGAAAAGAUGAAAAUAGCAUCUACAAAAGUAACUGGGAAAAGUUUUGCUGUGUGUGUGUGUGUGUGUGUGUGUGUGUGUGUGUGUGUGUAUGUGUAUUUAUGAUUGCACUGUGUGUGAUUAAUUCUUUGCACUGAAGAGGCCAGAAAUACUCAUCAGAUUCCCUUAAAGCUGGAUUAACAGAAAAUUAUGAACUAGUAUGCAUAUUUGGAAUUGAACCCAGGUCCUUUGGAAGAGUAGAUAUUGCUCUUAACCACUAAGCCAUAUCCCCAGUCCCUUGAAAAAACUGUAAUAAAAACAUUUAUUGAGUUCAA